AUGAGAUCCAACCGGCUAUUGAAGCGCCACCUAAUCGGUUUUGAUACUGUCUUUGGACAAUUAAUCUACGUAUUUUUUGAAGAAGGAGAAGUCAUGCCAGCCGUUAGGGGAGAUGGCAUGCGAGGCCUGGCAGUUUUUAUUUCAGAUAUUAGAAAUUGCAAAAGUAAAGAAGCUGAAAUUAAACGAAUAAACAAGGAGCUAGCUAAUAUUAGAAGCAAAUUCAAAGGGGACAAAACUUUGGAUGGAUAUCAAAAGAAAAAAUAUGUGUGCAAAUUACUAUUUAUAUUUUUACUUGGUCAUGACAUUGAUUUUGGACACAUGGAAGCUGUCAAUUUAUUAUCUUCAAACAAAUACUCAGAAAAACAAAUAGGAUAUUUAUUUAUAUCAGUGCUAGUCAACACUAAUAGUGAAUUAAUUAAACUGAUUAUACAAAGUAUAAAAAAUGAUUUGGCCUCGAGGAAUCCCAUACAUGUCAAUUUGGCAUUGCAGUGUAUUGCGAAUAUUGGAAGCCGGGAAAUGGCAGAAGCAUUCGGAAAUGAUAUACCUAAGCUACUUGUAUCUGGAACUUCACAAGAAAUAAUACCUGGUGGAGAGUGGACUUCGCGUAUAAUCCAUUUGUUAAAUGAUCAACAUAUGGGGGUCGUAACGGCCGCUACCAGUUUAAUUGACGCAUUGGUAAAGAAAAAUCCUGAAGAAUACAAAGGAUGCGUUGGACUGGCUGUAUCUAGAUUAAGCCGCAUUGUCACUGCUAGUUAUACUGAUUUACAAGAUUAUACAUAUUAUUUCGUGCCGGCCCCGUGGUUGUCUGUGAAAUUGUUGCGUUUGCUGCAAAAUUACACCCCUCCAGCGGAAGAUCCAGGUGUUAGAGGUAGACUGAACGAAUGCUUGGAGACAAUACUGAACAAAGCACAAGAGCCGCCAAAGUCGAAGAAAGUGCAACAUUCGAACGCUAAGAACGCGGUUCUCUUCGAAGCCAUUAGCUUGAUAAUACACAACGAUAGCGAGGCGAACCUGCUGGUGCGAGCUUGCAAUCAGCUCGGUCAAUUUUUGAGCAACCGCGAGACGAACUUGAGGUACCUGGCGUUGGAGAGCAUGUGCCAUCUGGCGACGUCGGAGUUCAGCCACGAGGCGGUCAAGAAGCACCAGGAGGUCGUUAUUUUGUCCAUGAAAAUGGAGAAGGACGUUUCCGUCCGACAGCAGGCCGUGGAUUUGCUUUACGCCAUGUGCGACAAAACAAACGCGGAGGAGAUCGUACAGGAAAUGUUGAACUAUCUGGAAACGGCCGAUUAUUCCAUACGGGAAGAGAUGGUCCUUAAAGUUGCUAUAUUAGCGGAGAAAUACGCCACCGACUACACCUGGUAUGUGGACGUUAUCCUGAAUCUGAUAAGAAUCGCUGGUGAUUAUGUUUCCGAGGAAGUUUGGUACCGCGUCAUACAAAUCGUCAUUAAUCGCGACGAAGUGCAAGGUUAUGCCGCCAAAACCGUGUUUGAAGCCUUGCAGGCACCGGCAUGCCACGAGAAUAUGGUCAAAGUGGGCGGUUACAUUCUCGGCGAGUUCGGCAACUUGAUCGCCGGCGAUCAACGAAGUUCCCCGACCGUACAAUUCCAGUUGCUGCAUUCGAAGUACCAUCUAUGCUCGCCCAUGACCAGAGCGCUUCUGCUAUCGACGUACAUCAAGUUCAUAAAUCUCUUCCCCGAAAUCAGAACGCAAGUGCAGGAAGUUUUCAAGCAGCACAGCAAUCUUCGAUCGGCGGACGCUGAACUUCAACAAAGGGCUUCCGAAUAUCUCCAGCUCAGCAUAAUCGCCAGCUCGGACGUUUUGGCCACCGUCCUGGAAGAAAUGCCGGCGUUCCCCGAACGCGAAAGCUCCAUUUUGGCCGUGCUCAAGAAGAAGAAGCCCGGCAGAGUCCCCGAAAACGAAAUCAAGGAAAACAAAAGCCCCACCCCGGUCGCCAACAACCACACCAAUGACGUCAACAACUCGAGCGCGGUUUCCGGUGAUUUGCUGGGUCUGUCAACACCGCCAACGUCCCAACCCAACUCCGGCAACACCGGCGUACUCUUGGACGUUCUAGGCGACAUCUACAGCACUACUACGAACAACAAAAACUCGUCCCAAUACAAUCACAAAAAAUUCAUCUGCAAAAACAAUGGCGUCCUCUUCGAGAACGAUUUGAUUCAGAUCGGCGUGAAAAGCGAGUUCCGCAACAACCUCGGCCGUUUAGGUUUGUUCUACGGCAACAAAACCAGCGUGCCAUUGCAGAAUUUCGUGCCGACAUUAAAAUGGCCCGAAGAACAAACCAACAAGCUCAACGUGCAGGUGAAACCUGUGGAACCUGUCCUGGAAGCCGGUGCUCAGAUACAACAAAUGUUCAAUGCUGAAUGUAUCGAUGAUUACACAGAUGCUCCAAGUAUAGCCCUUAGUUUUCUCUACAAUAACGUAUCUCAUAAGAUAACUAUACCCUUACCUAUAACUUUGAACAAAUUCUUUGAACCGACAGAGAUGAAUGGAGAAUCUUUCUUUGCCAGAUGGAAAAAUCUUGGAAGUACAAAUCAACAACGAUCUCAGAAAAUCUUCAAAGCGUCCGGCCAGAUGGACUUGGCGGCUGCCAGAAACAAAAUAAUCGGUUUCGGGAUGCAGCUGCUGGACGGCAUCGACCCGAACCCGGACAAUUUCGUCUGCGCAGGCAUAAUUCACAUGCGCACGCAGCAGGUGGGCUGCCUGCUGCGCCUGGAACCCAAUAAAAAUGCUCAGAUGUACAGGUUGACGGUAAGGUCGAGUAAGGAGAGCGUCUCGGUCGAGAUUUGCGAGCUGCUGGCCGACCAGUUUUAAUCGUUGUAGAGGAUUUCGAUUGGUAAAUGUAAGAGUGCAUUUUUUCAACUUGUUAGUUUCGUAAGUGAGGUUAAGUUUUUUACCAGACAAUGCACUCUUUAAUUUAUUUGAUUUUGCUUUGAUGAUGAUGAUGAGAAAGACAAUAUGUGUAUGUGUGAUGUUUAGUUUUGACGUUAAUAAUUAUUCUGCUCACUUUAGUGUUGAACAGCUCGGGUAUUUAUUAACUUUGUAGUUUUUACUAAAUUUUAGUUAACGCAAUGAUUAUUUGGGUAUGCGAUUUCGCCUUGUUAUGACUUAAAAUGUUGUUUUGAUAAAGAUCUGCUAUAUUUAAACCGAAAUUAGAAAUUCUUCAUGUAGGUGAAAUUUUAUGAGCCAGUAAUAUAUAAAAAGCUAUAUUAUAAUAAAAAUUUAAAAAAUAUCACUAGGUGUAAGUGACUAAUUUCUGUAUAAAGUGUCUCUUAUGCCAUUCCGGCAAAAAUCCUUUAAAUUAAAAAUUUUGCAAUGAAACAAUGACAUUCGAAGGAUACUGUUGAUCAACUUAGGUGUAAGUAAGAAAAAAUACAUAGUCAGUACUAUUAAUUACCAAAUCUAUAUUUUAAAUAUUAAUUUAACCAAUCUUAAAUUUUACUCCCUAUUUUAAUCGAGUAUUAAACAUAAAAUGUUAUAUUUGUAUAUGUUGAUUAUAAUAAUUAUUAUUGGUACAUGUAAUACAAAAAAAACAAUAUCGCAAUUAUUAGUUAAAUGAAUCAUUUAACCUUAAAAAAGUUAAAACCUCACUUAAUCAUUAUUAUUAACAUUACUUGACUGAAUAUCAUUUAAUGCGAUUAUUUGUGUAUUACAUUUACUUACUAUAUUUAAACAAGCGUAAGUUAUAUUGUAGUAAUAAAAUUGUCUAUAAAAUAUUCCAUUUUGUUAGUUACAUUUAUAAGUUAUUCCUAUUUUUUAUAUCAGUUUUAUUCUGCAUGAACAUCAUGUAAAAAUAUUCAUAACUGUGUAAUAUAUUCAAAAUAAGAAAAACAA